AUGAAGCGCCUCUUCCUGGUGCUGGGCACAGCAAGCGGGCUGUCGUCCAAGGGGCGAGAGCUUCCUCCGGAUCCCGCCAAAGUCGCCCUGCCCGCGGUGCCCGGGGUGCGAAAUGCGGUGUGCUCAGCGCAGUUAGCUUUCCUGAGCAAGCGCAAGUUUCCAAAAUUGGGCACUGUGUCUCGGUCACUGCCAGGCAUGCCAGAGCUUCCUUCAUUGGACGACAUCAUGUUUGGAAUUAGCUCCGAAGCAAAGCAACUGGAGGCAAAGAUGUUGAAGAUAGAGCACGAAAACGGCUUGCGCCUGCAGCGGCAGAAGGCAGUCUUCGACAGGAAGCUGAAGGAACAAGAAGCCAAAAACCAGGGAGUUGCCAAGGAGAAUGCCGACCUGGCCAAAUCCAUCAUGCAGCUGAAGCUCAAGAACGAAGCUACUUUUGCUAAGUCCAAGACGCUGCGCGAGGCCAUCAAACUGCGCAAGGCUGAAGUCAAGAACAUGCAGGAGCAACUUACUGCAGUGCAGCAGUACUUAACCGAGACGCUUUCAGACACCGACGACAGCAAGGCGCCAGACCUGGCCAUCUUGGACGAAGAGGAGAAGGCUGAAGAGGCCGAAGCAAAAGUUGCUGCGGCAAAACGGAAGGCGGCCUCAGCACUAGCCAUCGCGGAGCGUCGAGCUACAGAGCACUCCAAGGAAGAGGCGGAGGAGCCCAACCUCUCUUUCCUUCAGGUUGAGGAGGCUGGCAAGCGGCCGGUGAACAGCUGGUGCAUUCACAUGCACAAGAACAUGGACCUCAGUGCCAAGAAAGCCACAUUUCUCCCAGGCUCCUCCUUGUACAUGCCUACCUUUCCUGGGCAGCUGCUGCUUGAAAAGCCCGAGGCCGGUGAAAAAGAGCUGGCGGCCCUUCAGCACUCUUUGUGA